UGCGGGCAGGGGUGGCUGUGUCAGGGUCACCUGGCAGUGUCCCCCGGCCGUGGCUGUCCCCAGGGCGCUGACCCUCACGCGCUGGCCAAGGAGAGGGAGAGCGCGCUGGCCCUGGCCAGCAUGGGCGGCUACACCGACAUCGUCACCAUGCUGCUGGACAGGGACGUGGACAUCAACACCUACGACUGGAACGGGGGCACGCCCCUGCUCUACGCCGUGCGCGGGAACCACGUCAAGUGCGUGGAGGCCCUGCUGGCCUGCGGCGCUGACCUGACGGAGGAGGCGGAUUCGGGAUACACCCCCAUGGACCUGGCCGUGGCUCUGGGACACAAGAAAGUGCAGCAGGUGAUGGAGAACCACAUCCUGAAGCUGUUC